AUCCACACAGCCCAGCGCGGGGAGGAAAGGAAACGAGACACUUGGCCGCGUUUUACCCGUGUGAUUGGCUGGGGCUGAGUGCGGCCAGAGUCAGAGCAUGGAGACUUCGCCGCUCUGCCUCCACAAUUCUCCGCCGCUUGGAACCGCAAACUCCCGGAUCUGCUCCAAAGACACUUCAGGGUCCGAAGGAUUCUGGAGACCUUGGAUCCCCACCCCAAAAGAUGCCGAAAGACAGCGUGUGCAAAAGGUUGAGUUGCACAGCCCUUCUGAGGCUACAGAAGACUUUGUAAAACUUGCACAAUAUACCCACCCAGUGAGGAAGAAAAAUGCGGUCCAGUUCCAAGCCGGGAGAAAGGCGCUGAAAAUAAAAUGGAGACUGAUUGAUGAGCAGAACCAACAUCAUCAUUAUUCCCAUCUUCCUUUAUCUCCUUAUGACUAUAAUUGUGUUGCAUGUAUCUUAAGAUUUAUAUUGUUUACUUAGUAUUCUAGUAUGAUUUACAUUAAUUUCUUUAUCAGGUAUCCAUGACUAUCACUAAGUGUUGUACCUAAUGUUUUAUGAUGAAUGUAUUUUUAC